GAUGGUAAGACGGGGAUGGAGGUUUUUCGGCUCCAGUUGGUAUUACAUCUCUACUGAAACUAAAUCCUGGGAGGAGAGUAGAAAGGACUGCAAGAGGAGAGGAGCAGACCUGGUGAUCAUAAACAGCAAAGAGGAACAGGAAUUUAACAAUGGAUUCCAAAAAAUGAGGUACUGGAUUGCUCUGUCUGACAUAGAAAUGGAAUCGACCACGACAUGGGUGGAUGGCACACCACCGACCAUAAGCUCUUGACGUCGGCAGAUUAUUGCGCACACCUGCCACCAUCGUUACUUGCACCUGGGUCUCAUGAGAUUCACCUGGACUCCAUCACCUUCCUGAUUACCUCCCCUAUAUCUGUCACUCCCCUUGGUUCUUUCUUCGGCAGUUAUUGAUUCUGUUUCUUGUCUGUGUGUUUUUCGUGUUUCUUGUUUUGUUCCAUGUUUUGUUUAUUUAUUAAAUGAUUCACUCUCUGUACUUGCUUCCCGACUCCCAGCGUACAUGUUACACACAGCAGAUUACGGCCGGAUACAUUUAUUAACAGUACAACAUGCUAAUACUCCUUUCACCUCUAUCAUGUAGACAUUCCUUAAAAUUGCCAUUUAAUGUUGAAUGAACCAUUAUUACUUCAUUUCAUCUCUUACAGACUUUAACAAACUUUUCUGUAGUGCUCUCAUGAACCAUAUUUACAUAUUUAUUUAUGUAUAUUUACACAGUGCCUUCAGAAAGUGUUAACAUCCCUUUUUCCACAUCCUGUUGUGUUACAGCCUGAAUUUAAAACGUAUUACAUUUAUAUUUUUUUUGUACAAAUGAAUAAAAAAUGAAAAGCUCAAAUGUCUUGAGUCAAUUAUUCAAGUAUUCAACCCCUUUUAUGGCUAGGCUAAAACGUCCAGGAGUAAAAUGUGGCUUGGAUGACAGCUUUGCACACAUUCUCUCACACAGCUUCUCCUGGA